AUGGCGCAUAUCACCGAGUCAAACCAGCCGUUUCUUCCUCAUCCAUUCUCUCGAAACCCAUUGAAGACUAGAGAAGAUGCUGUCAGUGCUUGUGCCUCGCUGCUGGACCCACUCGAACACGGUUUCUCUGAGAAAUGUGCCUUUGUCAGGGUUGGAGGAACGGGCACUCGGUUCGACGAAGCAGCAGCUCAGAUCGAAGGCUAUGCCCGUCCUCUCUGGGGUCUGGCCGCCCUCCUCGCCGGCAAUUCCACCUACAAGAACACGCAUCUCUUCGUGAAAGGCAUGAUUGCAGGUACAGACCCCAACAGUCCAGAGUUCUGGGGCAACAUGCAAGAUAUGGAUCAACGCAUGGUCGAAUCAUGCCCGAUCGGAUUCUGUCUCGCAGUGGCAGGCAAAGACUUUUGGGAUCCUCUGACGGAACAGCAGAAGGCGAAUGUGGCAGCUUGGAUUGGCUCAAUGAAUGACAAGGAGAUGCCGAACACGAAUUGGCUCUGGUUCCGGGUCUUUGCGAAUUUAGGACUCAAAGCGAAUGGAGCUCCUUACUCCCACGCGAGGAUCGAAGCCGAUAUGGAUCAUCUCGAUACAUUCCAUCGUGGUGGCGGCUGGUCGAAUGACGGUCCUGAGGGGUACACGCAGAUGGACUAUUACUCCGGCUCGUUUGCGAUACAAUACCUUCAGCUUCUCUACUCGAGGCUUGCGAACAGCUUCGAUCCAGUACGUGCCGAAGAGUAUCGUAGCCGUGCGAAGAGCUUUGCGCUCGACUUCAUCCACUAUCAGGAUCCAAAUGGCCAUUCCAUCCCUUUCGGCCGCAGUCUGACCUAUCGAUUUGCGACCAUCGCUUUCUGGUCCGCCUUUGCAUUCGCCGAUGUCGAACCUCCAGCUCCUCUGACGUGGGGGAUCAUCAAAGGUCUGUUCCUGCGCAAUCUACGCUGGUGGAGUCAGCAUCCGCAUAUCUUCCAACCGAACGGUAUGCUCAACAUCGGAUACACCUAUCCGAAUUACUACCUUGCCGAGAACUACAACUCUCCAGGUUCGCCAUACUGGUGUAUGCUUUCCUUCGCAGCGUUGGCACUACCAGCCACUCACCCAUUCUGGUCCAGCGAGGAGGAGCCUCAUCCUUUCACGCAGGUGCCCAGUCCUCUACCAGCGAUCAAAGCUCUCACACAUCCGAAACAUAUCAUGGUUCACAAAGGAGGGCAUACCUUCCUCCUCUCAAGCGGACAGAAAUGCCACUAUCCUCUCAAAGCGACGCAUGCAAAGUAUGGCCACUUCGCAUACUCUGCAUCGUUCGGAUACUCUGUCCCAACGGGCAACUAUACCCUAGAGCAGCACGUUCCCGAGUCAGCUCUAGCUUUGAGUGAUGAUGACGGAGAGAUAUGGAAGAUGCGCCGAGAAGUUGAAGACGCUCAAUUCCUGGAGCAUGAUGGCCUGCCGGUGUUGUAUUCAACCAUGCAUCCGUGGCCAGACGUCGAGGUGAAGACGUGGCUGAUUCCUCCUCGAGAUGAGACUCCCAGUUGGCAUGUGCGAGUGCACUGCGUGACCACUGGGAGGGAGUUGCAGUCGGCGGAAGGUGGUUUCGCAAUCUUCGGUACCAGGCACGUUGAUGGCCGUGCCUUGGAAGCGCUUUCGAGUACAUCGCCGCAGGAAGGCACGUCAAUCUCUAGCAGCGGUGCACUAGUCGUAUCCAAAGCUGGAGCUUCUGGAGUCGCGGAGCUAGGCCACGAGAGCGGACGCAGUGGAGGUUUCUGCCAAGUCGACGCGAACAGCAAUCUCAUGCAUCCCAGAACAGUCCUGCCCACGAUGUAUCAGGAUUUGAAGGCUGGCUCGACAACAUGGUUUGUCACUGGGGUCUUUGCGGUACCGUCGGAGGGCGAGCGUUGGGAGACGAGAUGGAAGGAAGGCUGGGAGAAGCGGCCAGAAGUACCGGAAUGGGUGAAACGGAUGUUGGAAGACUGA